AAAAGCAACGUUUGCAAUCUGCUUCAACAAUUUCUUCAAAAACCUUAUUUAUGUUACUAACCAGUUGAAUGCAGCGCCGUUGUGAAUGGAUCUCAAUUUUUUAAUCUAACUGCUCAAGUUUGGCAACUAAGAUUGUUAUUUUAGUCUCCGAAUCACUUUGUUUACAUUGUCCAGACUCCAGCUUGAAAAUACGAAAAAGGUCAACAACACAAACCACCCACUUCCCUAGCUCAGGGAUUUAGAUAUUCUUGAACAGUUAUUCUUACAAUGAUAAUCGAAGACCCAGAUUCUCUUAAAGCUUGGCUUGGCCAGUCUUUAACCCCAUUAUGUGAUGCUGAUCCAUCAGCUCUUACAAACUAUAUUUAUGCCCUAGUUAAAAAAGAUAAACCAGAGUCAGAAAUCAGAGAAAAUUGUUUAGAUCAGCUGGAUGUCUUCCUUCAAAACAAAACUGUCACUUUUGUGGAUUCCCUAUUUAACACAUUGAAAGAUAAAUCCUAUGUGGGUCUAGUUAAACCUGCCCCUCCUAAAGCUCUGUCACCUGUGGUGUCAACCACGACUUCAGAAGGUCAACCCACUGUCCAGUUGAGCACCACAAUCACACAAGUUGCCCCUGAUACAACUAACACUGGGAAAGAACCAGUUAAACCAGAGGUGAAGGACAAGAAGAGACCUGACGAGGUAUCAAGUGACAGAGAUUGGCCUAGAGAUUCUAGACGUAGAAGAACUAGGAGUAGGUCAAGAUCUAGAUCAGGUAGCCCUAGAAGACGUGACAGUGAUGAUCGUCGAAGAAGGUAUGAUAGAUCUCGAUAUUCACCUCCCAGAAGAUAUGGGCGAAGAAGAAGUAGGUCACGAUCUCCUAGGAGAUGGUCACCUGAUCGGAGGAGAUCUCGAAGUCCUAGAAAUAGGUCAAGAGAUAGAUCUAGGUCAAGGAGCCGGUCAAGAUCCAGAGGUCGACAACCUGACAGUCGAGGGUCAACGCCCACUCAAGAUAACGGUAACUAUAGUAACAUAGUAACAACCAAUACAGGAUCUAGGAUACCAAGUUCGAUAGCUGUGGUCACCAGUACUGAUGAUAUUAGAAAAGAUGGUGGAGGCGUGGCUAAUAGAUCUAAUCAAAGAUGUAGAGACUAUGAUGAAAAGGGAUUCUGUAUGCGAGGUGAUCUAUGUCCGUUUGAUCAUGGUGUAGAUCCAGUAGUAGUAGAAGAUAGUGGAAUACCAUGUGUUAUUCCCUUUCCACCAACCACUUCAGGGCCACCACCUGGACUACCACCACCAGGACUCCCCCCAAUAGCUGCUGGACCCCCUCCUGAUUUUUCUAAACCCCCUCCACCUAUAGUUCAUAGACCACCCCCACCCACAGAAGUUUAUAAUCCAGAAGCACCAGGACUGACUGGACCUCGCCCAACAUUCUGGCCAGGUGGACCACGCCCACCUCGUCCCCCAGGGCCUUAUUUCAGCCAGCCACCACCCAAUAUGAAUCCUCUCUCUGGACCCAGGCAAAGAGAUCUAGUUACUGUAAAGACAUUGCCUGCUGAGGGUGAAAAAGAGAACGAGAAAGGUGAAUCAAGAGUUGUGGUACCGAGUAAAAGAACGUAUGAUAUGAUAGAUCAAUCCCAUCAACAACAGCAACAACAACAUGGUUCACAGCCUAAACGCCAUUUUGAUUUUGCCAGAUUAGGAGGUUAUAGAAAACCAAACCCAAAUAUGGAGAACUCGUGCCUAGAAGUUCGUAAAAUUCCCAGAGAGUUGAACAAUAUAGCUAAAUUAAAUGAACACUUUGGAAAAUUUGGUACCCUGGUUAAUUUACAGAUCUGCUAUGAAGGUGACCUUGAAGCAGCCUUAGUGACAUAUAGUGAUAACCAAUCAGCUUUCAGUGCCUAUCGUAGUAGUGAGCCAGUAUUUAAUAAUAGAUUUAUUAAAGUUUUCUGGCAUAAAAAACAAGAGGCAGGGGAUGGUCAGACUACAGACUUGACUGUACAGAAACCAAUGGAAUCGAAACCAGUUCAGCCCCGACUGGCCAUCACCAUUCCUCAUCAUAGUAAAUUAUCAUUAAAUAAUAAAAACAAACAAGAUAAGGAGAUAGUUUAUACAUCUUCUAUUGGUAAUUUAAAGAAAACAGUCAUUAAUUCAGCUGCCAUUAAUAAAACACAAUCUGCUAUGACUAGUCCCACAGCUGUUGGAUCAGCUGACUUUGUGAAAAGAAUCGAAGAAAUCAAAAAGAAAGAAGAAAUAAAACAGGAGGCGUUGAAGAAGAAAGUUGAAAUUCAGAAACAGAAACAGAAUUUAUUAGAAAAAGAAAUAGGGCAUCAAAAGGUAUUAAUAGAAAAGUUAGAGAAUAAUAAAACUAUGAGUAGUGAAGAGAAAGGUGUUAUUAUGAAGACAUUGAAGACCUUAACAGACAGUAUAGAUAAAUUAAAACUGGAACUUUUACCACAAAAAUCAACCAAAAACCCUGACGAGACUCGUAAAGAAAUUCUGGAUACAGAGUUAGAACUGAUCAAUAAACAGAAUGCUGGAGAAGAUACAACAACUUUACGAUUGAAGUUGACACAGCUUACUAAAGAGGCACAGUCUUUAGGAUUAUUUGGGCGAGGUAGAGGAAGAGGUGCUAGAGGGCGUGGCAGUAUGAGAGCUAGAGGUGUUCGUGGUAGGGGAGGUUACUCUGCAUUUGGUAGGGGACGAGGAGGUGGGUCAAUGACCCUUGAUAACAGGCCCAAAGUUAUAGAAGUCAGAAACUUUGAUUUGGAAGAAAAAGAAGAAAUCAAAAAUCAUUUUAAUACAACUGGUCAAGUAGAUAAAUGUGAAUUUAUAGAUUCGAUCCCAAGUGCAAUUAUUACCUUUAAAACCAGAAAAAGUGCUGAAUUGGCUAUAUCAAGAGGUAGUAAGUUUAAAAAUAAAGUAUUAAGUAUAAAAUGGUACAGUGGUAUUACUAGAACUAUUAGUAGUGAAGAACCAGGAGGAGAGUCUGAAGAGGAAGAGUCUGCACUAACAGAAGAAUUAGAUGAAGAUUCUCUGCUGGCUGGUGAUGAUGAGGAAGAUGAAGAUGAAGAAAGUAGAUCCUGGAGAAGAUAGAAAUUACUACGCCUCAGCUCUUCAUGAACCGUACACUAGAAAGUUCAACUUGAUUUUCAAAUUCAUUUGAGUGCAUUUAUAGACAAGGCAUUUAAAGUUAACAUUUUUGUGGAAAGGCUCAUGAUGGCUGAAUUAACAAUGCCUGACAUCGUUUUUCUUAUACCUUAUGUAUUAUUUCUUGUGGAAGGGGAGGGGGACAAUUCUCGUUAAAUAUUUUCCCCUUGUCAAUGUCUAUAUUACAAAAAAACAAAUUGUAUAUUAUUUUGGAGGGCUCAAAAUUAAGGAUCAAUUGGGUUUGUUAUUUAAGUAAUGUAAAAAAAAAAAUGCAAAGAAUUUAUUUGGCUUCAAACUAUUUAUAAAGGUAUUAAGUGACAGACGGUGCCAUAUUUGGGGAAUUAACACCUAUCAAAAUUGGUGU